UCGAAGCCCCCUCAAUAAAUACACGUUCAGGGAUGUCCGGAGCUCAUUCAACCCGCCAGCCCCGCUGACGAGAAAGGGCCGGUGCCAGAGCCUAGGAGCCGCACCAUGAGGUUUCCCCAGGGCUGUGCCUGUGACCAUGAUCGUAACCGCGCCUCCCGCCACCGCCAGCCCUCCCUCCGCGCCGUCCUGCCGCUGCUACUGCUCCUAUUGCUGCCGUGGGCAGCCGCAGCGCCGCUGCCCGCAGCCGACUCCUCUGGCGAGGCCGAGCUGGAGGAGGCAGCGGGGCUGCGGGCGGCGCUGCCCGACUGCGAGCGGCUGGCGCGGCUGCUGCACGCCCGGGCAGCACAGCUGCAGGAAGAGAUGUGCGAGAAGUUUACCGUCUGCGAGAAUAGCAUGGAAAUGCUCAUCCAGAACAAUCUUAACCUCCCCAAGGUGACAGAGGAGGACGGGUGUCUGCUCACUGGCUUCAAUGAGGAUAAAUGCCUAAGGAAAAUCUCCAGUGGGCUUUAUACAUUUCAGACGUAUCUUCAAUUCAUAAAAGAAACUUUUACUAGUGAAAAGCAGAACAUAGAAUCACUGUGCUAUACUACAGAGCACCUGGCACAUACUGUAAAACAGAUGGUGAUCAAUCCUGAUGAAAUUAUCAUCCCGGACUCAGCUAGCCAGGAAUCCCUCCAGGCAAAGCUGAAGUCUGAUAAGACCUGGAUAGAGAAAAUCACCACCCACCUCAUCCUCCGAGACUUUACUUCAUUUAUGGAGAAAACAGUGAGGGCUGUUCGUUAUUUGAAAAACACCAGGAGUUUCAGUGUCUGAAUGUUUUAAUUCAAGCACAAUCCUUUGUUACAAAUCUGUCAUGUGGCAGAUGACAGUGUUGUUCUGUUUUAGGAACUAGAAACAGUAACAAUGGUUUGAAUUUAGAUAGGUUCUCAUUUCCUUCUAGGAACCUAUUUAUUGUAUUUUAAAUAUUUAUUACUUUGUAACGUUUUCUAUUUAUAUUUUCAAUACUUAGUAAUAAUUUAAACAAAGGCUGUAUUUUAUUUCACUGCUAAUGGUACUAUUCAGAAUAUCAACUUAUUUAAUAUGUAUUCAACAAAAAAUAUUUUCAGAAGCCAGAAAAAUUGGUUUAUAACUUAUACUUUUUAAAUAUUUGAGAUGGUAUUUAUGACUUAUUUAUAUUUUUAAUAAAUAAAAACCAAUUUGUGAAAACAAACCAUAUAAUCUGUUUGAACUUUAAAUAAUACUAUGGAACUGUAACAUAUCCAUUUUUUAAUCCUGCAAUUACCAAAAUAACCACUUUCAAUAAUUUUAUCUAUAUAAUUAGUUCAAUUAUCUACAUAGCACAUACACACAUAGACAGCUUAAUCAACAUAUAGUUCUCAAACUGGGAUAUAAAGGAACCAGACACACUGAACAUAGCACUUAAGAAAAAACACAGUAAAGCACCAUUGCUCUC